AGAAUUUAGUCGGGUUAUAUCACAGUCGCGGGAAUGAUUUCACGAUUUAAAUUCGUUUAGUUUGAAGUGAAUGCUAAUACACACUUGAAGUGAUAAAAAACGAAUUACCAGUGAAUAUUGGUGAUUGAAAAGGCUGUUUAUUAAUAUUAACACAAUAUGGGUAAGGACGAGAAAGAAGAUAGCGGCUUCGGGUUCAAGGACAAGGCGAAAGCGGAGGAGACCCUUCGGCUAUUAGAAGAGCACGACAUGAACUAUCGCCGUCUCACAGUCCGCGGAUUACUCGGGCGGGCGAAGAGGGUACUGUCAUUAACAAAAGCAGAAGAAAAAAUUAAGAAUAUCAAGGAAGCUAUGGAGGUAUUUGAGAACUGGAUCGCGGAAUUGGACAAGAAUAAAGAAGGGACACAGAAGAAGACUGUCAAGAAGGAUAAAGAAGAUAACAGAGAUGCUAAGGACGAUAGUGAUUCGGAUGUUGAUAUGGAAGAAUCGAAAGAGAAGAAAGUGAAGAAGGAACUUCCUCCAGACACGGUUCCAGGGCUCGGCUUUAAAGAUAAGGAAGCAACAGAUAACACAUUAAAAGAGCUCGAAGGCCGUGAUCCCGAAUAUCAAAAGCUAGCUGUCAGAGGUCUUAUUGGAAGAGCAAAGAGAGUUUUGACAUGUACUCGUGAUGAGGCCAAAAUAGCAAACAUAAAAGAGUCAAUAUCGAUUUUCGAGAAGUUUCUCGAUGAUUUUGAAACUCUACAUUUAAGUAAGCAAAAUAACCCUUACCUACCACUUGGAAUUGUACGUACGUGCCUCCGCUUGGCCGGAGACAAUGUUACAGAUCAGCAGAAAUCAUUUAUAGAUGCCUACGCAUCAGUGAAUGGUGAAUAUAAGCGUCUUCGUACGGUAUUAGAGAAGGAUGAUGGGAAAUCUUGGGAUAUCGUGAGGAAUGCUGCACUUAAAGAUCUUAAGGAAAAGUACGUGGAUGCGAAGUUGUAUAACGAAAAAGAUGACCCAACAAAGGAACAUUUAGAACUUUUACUAUGGGCAUAUUCGCCUGAUGCAGCUCGUGUCAAAAAGGUGAUACCAGACACAAAAUCUGAGGAAGAAGAACCAAAUGCUAAAGAAAAGAAACAUAAUGAUUCUGAUAGAAAGCGGCGACACAGUGAUGAGGAAUCUCCAAGCAAGAAAAAGAAGGAAUAAUGUGAUAUAGAGCAUUUAUUAUAAUUUUAUGUCUGAUGUGGUUUUUAUUUUGAAAGUAAAUAAAAUAUUUAUAAAAUUAA